GUGGGACACAUUAAACAUCGCAUGAAAGAAAUUUUUUGUAUGUAUGAAAUGAAAUUAUUGUUGUUUUCGGAUCAUAGUCCAAAAAUUUCACUUAAGCCAUUUUAUGCAAAUAAGAUCUUAAUUCUUUGAGAUCAGUGUCAUUUUAUCAAUCUCUCUCAUACACAUUUUUUGGUGAGCCUCAUGCAUAUUUUAAAUUUAAUCAGUUAUUUGCUCAUCACUAUUUUUUUUUUUUUUUCUAUACCAAAAUACGAUGCCAUAUUAACCUCUGGAUUUCACAAGGAUAAUUACAUCAAUUUUUAUCCACUCUGGGAACAGUAUCAAUACAUAUGUGAGGAUGUCAACUACCAAUGUUUUAUCUAUAAUGCAUCAAUAUUUCUAAACAUUCUUUAAAGUGGUCCAUUAAUAAUCAUUAACAAGGAGUUUCACUCUCCAUGUAUGGCAUACAACCACCCAAAUCAAUCUAUCUGUGUAUUGGUUUUUAAUGGGCUAAAUUUACUAAUUCCAAUUCAUUCAUUGGAUGGGUAAAGGAUCACCAGACAUACCUGCUGCCAUUAAUUUCCUUCAUGGUAUAUUUAUUUUCCUAUUCUGUAAAUUUCCAUCUCUUCACCCUUGCAUUGUUGUCAAGAAGCUAUUUUCAUUGUUGUACCAUCGCAGUUGUCACUCUUGCUUAUCUUUUCCUUCAAUUCCCUUCUCGGUUAGUCUUCCUAUUAUCACCAACAAUGGCUGAUGGUCAAGAAUCAGACAAGAACAUUGAGAUAUGGAAGAUCAAGAAAUUGAUCAAAGCAUUGGAAUCUGCUAGAGGUAAUGGCACCAGCAUGAUUUCUUUGAUUAUGCCUCCACGUGAUCAAAUAUCCCGGGUCACUAAGAUGUUGGGUGAUGAAUUUGGGACUGCUUCAAACAUCAAAAGUAGGGUGAACCGACAAUCAGUGUUGGGAGCUAUUACUUCUGCUCAGCAGAGGUUGAAACUAUAUAAUAAGGUUCCUCCAAAUGGGUUGGUUCUUUACACCGGAACCAUCAUGACUGAAGAUGGCAAGGAAAAGAAAGUGACAAUUGAUUUUGAACCUUUCAAGCCUAUAAAUGCAUCACUCUACCUCUGUGAUAACAAGUUUCACACAGAAGCUCUAAAUGAACUUUUAGAAUCUGAUGACAAGUUUGGUUUCAUUGUUAUGGAUGGAAAUGGCACCCUUUUUGGGACUUUAAGUGGAAAUACUCGUGAGGUGCUUCACAAAUUUACUGUCGACCUACCAAAGAAGCAUGGUAGAGGAGGUCAGUCAGCGUUGCGUUUUGCUCGUCUUAGGAUGGAAAAGAGGCACAACUAUGUUAGAAAGACUGCAGAACUUGCCACACAGUUUUUCAUCAAUCCAGCUACUAGUCAACCUAAUGUUUCUGGACUUAUACUUGCUGGUUCAGCUGACUUCAAGACUGAGCUGAGCCAGUCAGAUAUGUUUGACCCUCGUUUGCAAGCAAAAAUAUUGAAUGUGGUAGAUGUUUCUUAUGGUGGGGAAAAUGGAUUUAAUCAAGCCAUUGAGUUAUCUGCAGAGAUUUUAUCUAAUGUGAAGUUCAUUCAAGAGAAACGCUUGAUAGGGAAAUAUUUUGAAGAGAUUAGCCAGGACACUGGGAAAUAUGUAUUUGGAGUUGAUGACACUUUGAAGACACUGGAGAUGGGUGCUGUGGAAACGCUUAUUGUAUGGGAAAAUUUAGAUAUUACUAGAUAUGUGCUGAAAAAUAGUAGCACUGGUGAGAUUCUCAUAAAGCACUUGAGCAAGGAACAAGAGUCUGAUCAAAACAAUUUCCGUGAUUCAUCCACCUCUGCAGAAUUGGAAGUUCAGGAGAAGAUGCCAUUGCUUGAGUGGUUUGCCAAUGAGUACAAACGAUUUGGAUGCUCCCUGGAAUUUGUAACCAACAAAUCUCAAGAAGGGUCACAGUUUUGCAGAGGGUUUGGUGGCAUUGGUGGAAUUCUUCGCUACCAGCUUGACAUUAGAUCAUUUGAUGAGCUAUCUGAUGAUGGAGAAGUGGAUGAGGAUUCUGAUUAAAGUGUCUUACUGUAAAACCAUUACUUAGUUUUGGAUGAUCGGAUGAAAGCAUUGUCAAUUCUGUGAUUCAGGCCUCCAAGGAUCACUUGGAUUUUAUGGUUCUAAGACUUCGUCUUUGCCCUUUGGUUUUUGAUCCAUAAGAUAUGUAUUAUUUACUUUUUUCCUUUCCUAUGCUUCAUGCAAUUUAACGUUUUUGUUAGUCAAUGUAUGCUUAUGGAAAUUCUGCUAGAUUGUGCGGUGAUUCCUCAAGGAGCACCCAGACACUUUUACAUGUGGAAGUCACGAGUUCAAGUGUUUUUUAUCC